GAAAGAUCGCUUCCGGGUAGCUCGCGGCGUGCUAACCCCGAGUGCCCGGCUCUUCUAGCUGUUCGGCCUCAGAAUGUGGCCCCGGAUAGCGCGGCCGCUGCAGUUGCACUCCUGGACUAGCGUAGCCCUUAGGAGCUUGCAUGGGACCCCGACGUGGGCGCGGCCCCUCAUCCCCAUCGUGGUGGAGCAAACGGGCCGGGGAGAAAGGGCCUAUGACAUCUACUCUCGCCUGCUCCGAGAACGGAUCAUCUGUGUUAUGGGACCUAUUGAUGACAGUUUAGCCAGUUUAGUCAUUGCCCAGCUGCUUUUCCUUCAGUCCGAAAGUAACAAGAAACCCAUCCACAUGUACAUCAAUAGCCCUGGGGGCAUUGUAACUUCCGGCCUGGCUAUCUAUGAUACCAUGCAGUACAUCCUGAAUCCGGUCAGCACUUGGUGUGUGGGCCAGGCAGCUAGUAUGGGCUCCCUGCUGCUGGCAGCUGGCUGCCCUGGUAUGCGCCACUCUCUACCCAAUUCCCGAAUCAUGAUCCACCAGCCGUCUGGAGGGGCCCGGGGACAAGCUACAGAUAUUGCCAUUCAGGCUGAGGAGAUCAUGAAGCUGAAGAAGCAGCUCUAUGGUAUCUAUGCUAAACACACAAAGCAGCCCCUGGAUGUGAUUGAGGCUGCCAUGGAAAGGGACCGAUACAUGAGUCCUAUGGAAGCCCAGGAGUUUGGCAUCUUGGACAAAGUGCUGGUACACCCCCCGCAUGAUGGAGAAGAUGAGCCAGAACUGGUACAAAAGGACCCUGUGGCAGAACCUGCUCCAGCAGGGCCCUGAGGAUGGAUGAGCCUAUUCUUCUGUGGACUGUGAGGAUCAUAUCCCCCCAAAAUGAAUGAUACCCUUUGUCUACACUGGCUCUCCCCUUCCCCUGACCUCUGCACUGUGCUGCUCUGUCCCAGGACUUUUGGUUGUAGCUUUAGAUUUCAAGGGCCCAUCUGGGGUUGAAGCAAAAGGAAGAGUACACUAAGUUGGGCUACUGUCCUUGAGCUGACUUGCCAGAGAGUGUCAAUUUUAAAUUAAAACUUUACUUUGGUCACCUUUUGAUCACUACUGUCUUUCUCUUUUCUUCUUU